AUUAACUUUACUUAUGCUUUUAACAUGGCUGAGAAUACUGAAUUGACUUUGUUUUAUCUUCAUUCGCUGAAAGGAGAAGCUUUAGUUAACCGCCUGAGGGAAUGGGGUGUCAUUCCGAAGGAAGGCGAGUACAAGUGUUCCCUAUGCGAGACUCCACUUGUCUUACAACAUCGCAGUAAUGCUCCUGAUGGCUACAUUUGGGCGUGCAAUGGACGUGUUUCCUUUCGUAAACAAAAGAAACGGAAGUGCGGUAAAGUUGUACCGUUCCGAAAAGGUACUUUUUUUACAAAUUCUAAACUAGAAAUUUGGCAAAUUUUAUGUUUCGUGUAUUUGUGGGUGGAAAAGGCACCACUGACGCUAAUUGCAAAAAUUACAAAAAUGUCCUUGACGACUGCAGUUAGUUGGGCAUCGUUUUGUAGAGAAGUUCUAUUGGAUAAGUAUUUGCUGCACCCCGAAAAGUUAGGUGGUCCGGGCUCUAUCGUUGAAAUCGAUGAGAGUAAAUUUGGUAGAAGAAAAUAUCACCGAGGACGCCAAGUUGAAGGACAGUGGGUUUUCGGCGCAUAUGAACACGGGACAGGACGGGUGUUUAUGGAAAUCGUGGAGGAAAGGACUGCGGAUACCCUGGUACCGAUAAUUCAAAAAUAUAUUCUGCCUGGUACUACCAUUGUUUCGGAUUAUUGGAAAGCCCACGAUUGUUUAGAAAGGAACGGAUAUGUAGAUUUAAGGGUUAACCAUUCGAUUACUUUUAAGGAUCCCGAAUCUACGUCGCGUCUUGCGAAGAAUCAACUCCCAGGAAACUUUGCACGACAUAUUUUCCACAAAACUUGUAUAGGAAAGGGUGUUGAAAAGGCGGAGGAAUUUUAUCGUAUUGCUGCAAUGGUGUACGAUCCCACCAAGCCAGCGCAGCAACGGGAUCCAGAAGAAAUCGUGGAUGAGUAUCCAUCGGAUAGCGCUGAUGAUUAAAAUAAUUAAAAUUUACCAAUUUAUAAUAAGUCUUUUGAUAAAGUCUGUUAUUUUCGUUUCUAAUAUACUGUAAUGUUUAAGAGUGUGCCCAUAAAAUUUAAAUUAGUUUUAAUAGUUAAAAAGUAGUA